AUUUUGCACGUCUAAAAAAUAUAAUGAAAGGCAAACGUGACUCAGCCAACUCUGGACCACCUCAAGAUGUUACUGUGGAGACAGGGGAGGGCGAUUAUGGGAAACAGGACAAGAAAAAAAUGUCUUUUUUCAACCCACUGGACCCGUUGCCAAAGUAUGAAUUUUAUGCCAAGGACACAUGGACAGGACGUGUGAAAAAUACCAGGCCAUCUUUAGAUGUUUUGCGCAAACCACAAAGUGACGAAGAUCUCCCCCCUCCACCGGAAGAUGAUGGCAGACCCAAAGUCAAACUUGUUCGCUUUGGAUGGGUUCUGGGAGUUAUGAUUCGCUGUAUGUUGAACAUCUGGGGAGUCAUAAUGUUUAUACGACUUCCAUGGAUCACAUCACAAGCUGGAAUCAUUCUCACCUACGUCAUUAUCUCAAUGUCUGUUGUCGUCACAACUAUAACGGCAACGUCAGUGUCUGCGAUCUCCACCAAUGGAAAGGUGUACUCUGGUGGCACCUACUUUAUGAUUUCUCGAAGUCUGGGUCCUGAGCUGGGGGCACCUAUUGGUCUGCUCUUUUCAUUUGCCAAUGCUCUUGCCUGUUCACUCAAUACAGUGGGAUUUGCAGAGACUGUCAGAGAUGUUCUCAAAGACAACAAUGCUGAGAUGGUGGACCCUAUCAAUGAUGUGCGAAUUGUUGGGGCAAUUACUGUUGUUAUUCUCCUCUUCAUCACACUUGCUGGCAUGAGUUGGGAGGCUAAGGUAUUCCAUAUCCUAUUUUAUUCUUCAUUGCAAUCCUUAGCUAAUUAUUUUGUCGGGACAGUUAUUCCUCCAAACAAAGAAAAGCAGGCUGUGGGAUUCUUUGGCUACAAAUCUGAGAUAUUCGUUGAGAAUCUGCUGCCUUCAUUUCGAGGAAAAGAUGGUUCUUUCUUCAGGAUGUUUUCCAUUUUCUUCCCAGCUGCCACAGGAAUUCUGUCUGGGGUCAACAUCUGUGGGGAUCUCAAGGACCCAACAGGUGGAAUUCCUAAAGGCACACUGUUGGCCAUAUUCUGGACAACCGUGAGCUAUUUGUUACUUUCAGUCACAGUCGCUUCAACUGUUGUAAGGGAUGCUUCUGGCAUUCUAAACGAUAGUAUAGUACUCAAUUCUUCAAUCAAGUGCAGUGGUUUGGGCUGUCAAUUUGGCUGGGAUUUUGACAGGUGUGAACAGAACCGCACCUGUGACUUUGGACUUGCAAACAACUUUCAGAUACUGAGCAUGGUUUCAGGAUCUGGGCAUUUGAUCACAAUUGGAAUCUUUGCAGCCACUUUGUCAUCAGCACUGGGUUUUUUGGUUUCUGCCCCCAAAAUCUUUCAGUGUUUGUGUAAAGACAACAUCUACCCCUAUAUUGCAUUCUUUGGGAAAGGUUAUGGGAAAAACCAUGAACCCCUACGUGGGUAUAUGCUGAUGUUUACUAUUGCAUUGGCUUUCAUCCUUAUUGGUGAGCUGAACACUAUUGCUCCUCUGAUCUCCAAUUUCUUCCUCUGCUCCUAUGGUCUUAUUAACUUCAGCUGCUUCCAUGCAACUAUUACCAAGUCUCCCGGCUGGAGACCAGCAUACCGUUACUACAAUGCUUGGACUUCUUUGUUUGGUGCUUUUUUGUCUUUUCUCCUCAUGUUUCUGUUCACGUGGUGGGCUGCUCUCGUCACUUUUGCCAUUGUCUUCUGCCUGUUGGGCUAUGUUGUAUACAAAAAACCUCAUUUGAACUGGGGUUCAUCUUACCAAGCCGGUAUCUACAACAUGGCUUUGUCUUUCUCUGUGUCUUUGUCAAAUUUGGAUGAUCACAUUAAGAAUUACAGGCCACAGUGUCUUGUUUUGACUGGUCCACCAAACGCUCGACCCGCUCUGGUGGACUUUGUGGGUACUUUUACUAAAACCAUCAGCCUGAUGAUAUGUGGAAACAUUAUAAUGGAGGAUGAAAAGUCAACCUUGGUCCGGCAAAGUUCAGAUAUGCUGGUUGAUUGGCUGAAUCAGAGGAAAGUUUGUGCUUUCUACACAUCCUUUACUGCCGACAGUCUGAAAGAAGGGACACAUAAUCUCAUGCAGGCAUCAGGUCUUGGUAAAUUGAAGCCGAAUACGCUUGUUUUGGGAUAUAAGACAAAAUGGCAGGAAUGUAAACCUGAGAGCUUACAUGACUAUGUCAAUACAAUCUACAUUGCAUUUGACAACAGCUACAGCCUUGCUAUUCUAAGAAUGAUGGAUGGAUUGGAUGUGACAGAUGAUUUGCAGAGUGCAGUAGUAGGCGGACUUUCCUCAGUUGUGAAUCCAGCAUUUGAUGCAGAAGAAGCAACGCAAACAGAAAAUGAUGACACUGACCGAAAUUCAGAUAUUUCUGAUGAUCAUCUCAAUGAGCAGGUUAGGACUGUUUUUCAGACAAAACAGGGGAGGAAGACCAUAGACGUCUACUGGAUCUCUGAUGAUGGAGGCUUGACCCUUUUACUGCCAUAUUUGUUGACAAGAAGAAACCGCUGGAAAAAGAGCAAAAUCAGAGUGUUCCUCCUUGGAGACCAGGAGACAAUUGAGGAAGACCGAAAAGACAUGAAGAUGCUGUUAAAAAGAUUCCGUCUGGAAAUUGAGGAUAUUAUUGUUAUAACAGAUUUGGAAAAAACACCACUUGCUAAAAAUUUGCAGCGAUAUGAGGACAGCAUUUCCCCCUUCAGGCUGAAUGAAGAAAAGACUUCAGGGGACAUCCAGGAACUCAAAAGAAUAAGUCCGUGGAAAGUUUCAAACAAAGACAUUGAGUCCAUUAAACCCAAGGUGGAGAGGACUGUGCGCUUAAAUGAAAUCAUCAAGAAGAACUCUUUAAAUGCUGCUUUGGUUGUGAUCUCCAUGCCAGUCCCUGAUGUUAAUUGCCCCAGUUCCCUCUAUAUGGCUUGGUUGGACGCGUUGAGCUUUGGCAUUCACUGUCCUGUCCUGCUUGUUCGGGGAAAUCAAGAAAACGUCAUGACAUUCUACUGCCAGUAAAGCACACACACAAACUGCACUGAAAGUUUCUCUCACUCUUAAUGGACAAUCUGUGGAAACAAUAUAAAGCUAACACACUUCUU